AUAACAUUUGAAUGCACACGAACACAGUGAAACACAUACCUACACAAGACGACACCUUCACCGCAAGUAUAAUACGUCAGUGAACAUCUCAAAAAUCACAAGACCGAAUUGUGUUGUAUACUCUGAAUACACGAAACGAGAUGUACAACGCUGGAAGCGAUCAUGGAAAGGCUGGUAUGGCUCCCUAUUACCCACCGGCAACCGAUGGGCCACCACAACCUGGCUCACCACUUGGUUAUCCCCCACAACCCAUGCAGCCAUAUCCCCCCGGUCCCCCCGUGCCAAUGCAACAGCAACCUGGAGGUUACAACACCACCAACACGACCAACACAACAGUCGUGAUUCAACAGCAACCAGCUGCGGUCGUUGUUCAAGGUCCUAGAGAUUGGAGCUCUGGGUUAUGUGCCUGCUUUGAUGACUGUGGAGUGUGCAUGGUUGGUCUGUGUUCUUGCAUGUGUGGUCUACCAAUCAUUGAAUGCCAGGUCAGCGGCGCUGCUGGGGAGUGUUGCUGUGUUGGAAUCUACUGUCCGAUUGCCCUGCGGACGAAGAUACGAACGAGACACAACAUUCAGGGAGGAAUCGUUGGAGAUUGCUGUGCCGUGUUCUUCUGUCAUUAUUGUGCUUUUUGCCAAAUGCAACGAGAAAUAAACAUGAGUGGAAUGUGAAAUCUGAAGCAACACUCCUAAAAACUUAUGCACUAGUCGGUCAAAUAAGCAUUUUAAUUCAUAUAUAAUCUUAUUUAAUACAAUGUAUUAAUAUAAUUUGGUGGGGAGACAAGAGAACUCGCAUGUAGUUGUGUAGAUAACGAUCUCUCAUUUUGCCAAAUUAUUUACACGUAUCAAUUUUCCCUCGUGUAUAAGUAAUACAACCGAAUAUAACAUGCACAAUAUAUAAUUUGUUAUGAAGCAUCACCAUAAAACUGAUUUAGAAAUAAUUUAUAUUAUGUGAACAGGCUGUUUAAAAGGAUAAUGAAACAUAAAGUAAAUUUCAGUUACACGACCACUUCCUUCCUUCACUGCCAACUUUAUGCAAGUUAAUCGGCCUAAAUCUGGUGGUAUUUUCAUUAACAUCUUCUUAAUCAGCUUAAA